AGACUUUUCCUCUCCGGAAUCCAGGAGAUGAACCAUAUGCCUCCCGAUAGUCCUGCCUCCAUUCGUAGUAAGGAUCCAAUUGCUACCAUAAAGAUGGAAUCGCCCGGUUCCGAGUCUCCACGUUCAAUUCGAGACAUACACAAAGGUAGCGGUAACCUACGUGGUGGAGGCCUUCAGAAGGUGUACGUCACACAGAAACCGAGCAUGAAACGCUACAAGUCAAAGUUGGAUCGACGGCUUGGUCUAUGCAUUUUUGGUUGUUUCGUCACAAUAGCGUCAAUAUUGUUCAUUUACGGACUAAUGCACAUGAAUGUACACGAUGAACUCACGACGUACGUGAAUCGGACACAUCAAAUAGCAAAGGAAUUAAGACAUGCACUGGACGAUAGAUACCCGAGAGAAAACCAAACCAAUAUCGAUAAAUAUGGUCGACAGUGGAUGACCGUCGAGGAGUUGGAAUAUGACGCAUCAUUGAUCAAAGAGACAAACUCUACGAUAUGGAACCUGUUUUGGUGGAAUCUCAUUCUUGCACUUUUGCUUAUACCUAUCCUUAUUUUGGUUCACUGUGAUGCUGUGGAGGGAAAUCUUGCUAAAUUAGUAUACAGGGGUAUACUUAUUGGCUGCCUAAUAUUCUGCAUUGCUCAAUUUCUAUAUCUAAUUCAUCCUUUGCUAUGGGGAGCCGCCAAGUUCCCAGGCAUGGUAGAUAGGCUGUUCUUGCAAGCUUACCCUCGGGAUGAAUAUCAGAUCAACGCAAUAAAGGAACGAUUUGCCUGUGAGUUCCAACCACAUGAUGUGCUCGUGCAAUUUGAUUUACAGCAACCGUGCAUACCAAAGAUGAAGAAUUCACUAUUUCCAACUUAUACUGUGCUUUUGUUGAUGUUUAUCGAUGUACUGCCAUUUCUCUAUGCCAUUUUCACCUACGCUUGGGAUGCUUGCAUCAAGAAUAGCAAACUUUUCCGAAACGCUCGGAAAAGGGUAGAGCUCAACAAUUCUAGAAGAGUUCCGUUCCCAAAGCAGAACCAGUAUGAGCCACCACCAAAGAUCACAGCAAAAGGUAACACUACAACAGUAACUGUGAACGAUUUGCCUGGCGAUUUGGUGUGAUUUCCCUCUCGGACCUCUCCUACCACGACAACUUUCACGUACUAACGAGCUCAGGUUUCUUGCCUGCUUUGUAUUUCUUCUAUAUUGUGUAUAGAGAUGCAUAAACUUUUUACAAUAUGUGAUAAUUGUCCACAUUUGAACCGUAACAGUUUGUAAGUAGCACUUUAUUGUUCUUUUAAUUCUCACAAGUUUUGUAUAUUGUUAUGCACAUAUGUAAAUGUUCUAAAAAGUUUCACCGUCUAGCUGAGGCUAAAUAACAGAAUC